GCAUGCAUAUUAACAUCCGUCUACUGUGAUUCCUUCAUCUGGUCGGGUUGAGGUCUGGACAUGGGCCCCGAGCGGUCUGGUCUCACGGGGUCCGGUAUGGGCUGGGGUCUCAUUACUCUGUCUUGGUGUGGAUCUGGGACUUGGCUUAUAGUUUACAACAAGACCACAGUCUGUUUCCAGUGUAUAAAGCUGAUAAUAACCUCAAACAUUUCUGGCAUGAUUGUUUCGAGGUCAGAUGUCAUCUACGAUGAGGCCGUAACAACAGCUUUACCGGAGUUUGAUCCUGAUUGUUACCAGAAUGGCCACUGCUAAGAAAGCGUCGUCUAAGACAGGAGGCGUUCGCUUUGCUGAGGAACCCGCUGCAGCCGCUCACUCUCAUGUGCAUUUUGACGAAAAACUGCACGACUCUAUUGUCAUGGUGAUCCCCGAGUCGAACGGGAACUUCCUGGUGAAGGUGGGCUUCCUGAAAACACAGCACCGAUAUGAGAUAGUGUUCACACUGCCUGAGAUGCCAGAACUCGGGAAAGAUGUGUGUCCGGCCCCCAUCCCCAAUCCUCACCUCCAUAUCACUAACAUAACACCGUCCUCAGAUGGAGGUCUGAGGGUGACUUGUGAAUAUAUGGCCCAUCAGGAGGGAGUGAUGUGUGAGGAGGUGCAGAUUCUUAGCGAGAGCAAAGAAGACGCGAGUGUGAAGGUCAAAGUUCAUGCUCGUGUCAUGGACCGUCAUCACGGGACUCCGAUGCUGCUGGAAGGCGUGCGCUGCAUAGGAGCAGAACUCGAGUAUGACUCUGAGCAAAGCGACUGGCAAGGCUUCGACUGAGCGCCUGAACCUCACAGACUUCCCAAUCAGUGCCAUAUAUCUCGUGUCGGCGGCGACAGAAUAUUCCAGAUUCUGGACUUCUGUAAUCAGUGUCACUGCUUUCUGCUCGCAGCGUUUGGAAACAAACUGUGGUUACUAGCUUGUUUGUACUGUUACAAUUGAAUGUAGGAAUGAUCUAUCGUUUACUGUAGCUCUCUGUGAAUUGCUGUUUUUCAGGUUUGAAUAAAAAACAAUUUUUUUAGAUAAAAACAAGUGUAAUAUGCUCUCAUGUCUGUGCUUUUGCACUUUCUUGCAGCGAGCUGAUGUGAGGAUAAUGUUUUUCAGCUUGUUUGUACCAGUAGGAGGCGCUGCUGGCAACAAAAUCAAUCUGACACGUUUCACCUUGAACUUCGGUGGCAUCUUGGCUUUUAAAGUUUGAAUGUUUUGAUUCAUCUGCUGAAAUGAAUUCGAUAGUAAUUUACUCCAAAUCAUUUUAGAUCCAGCAAAUGUUGGAGAUUUUGUCUGCCCUGAUAGAUUUUUUAUGAGAUCAUCAGUUUAAGGGCUUGUUCAUUCAUCUUUUGUGUGUUUUUUUUUUUAAGCCAAAGUGCCUGAAUCACGUACCUUGUAGUUGAUUUGAUUGAUGCUAGCAUGUAAAUCGAGCUAUUACACAUUGAACAUUGACAGCCUUAUUUCAGCAUAGUGCUAUGUCUAUUCUUAACUCUAUUUUACUGCUUUUAUGAGGUCUCUGGAUCUCUAUGAAAGUUCAUGUGUCUUUUCAAAUGGAAAUUCAAAAUAAUUUCUCCCAGAGCAAAUAAUGUUGAGGGUCUUCAUUGUUAACGACUUGUUUCUCUGUCCUACUGUAAUUUUUUAACUCAAAAUUCAAAUAAAAUUCACUUGUUGAUUCAAAAUGCUUUUAGAAGUUUUAAGUUUAUAAAACAAUUGUGAAUCAUUGCAUUGAACAACCACUAGUGAGCAGUGUACUCUAAAAUUAAUAAUGAACAUAUUUACAGUUUCCUGAAUGUUAAGGAUUGGACAUCUGGUUGCAUGUUUUGGUUUUUGAUAAAUGUACAAUAAAAUCACAAGUCUGAUAAUGAA